CAAAAUUCGAACGCCGCCAAGACGAGGACAAUCCACCAUGUUGCGACGACGAUGGCGGUGGGUGAUGUGCCUGGUGGCCCUUCUAGUGACAUGCACGAGUUGUGCUGAGAGCGACGAGGGUCCCGUGCAUGUUGAAGCCCAUGAGUACACGUUCCCGGAGCGGCACCACGCGUCGCCGCCGCCGCCAGACAUGGACAUUGAGAUUCACUCGACCGACAUUUCUGGCAAUAUGCUCCGCGACAAGAUAGUACGUCCAACGGAAUCGCAGGCAAGCUCAAGUGCGGUCGAAACACGUACGGAUCCAUGUUGAAAGAUAUCGAUGUGUGCGGAAGACCACGUUUCCUCGUCCAUCGUAGAUGUUGCCCACGAAACGUCGGCGUCCAUUAGCGCCCCCAAUAAACCGGCGCAUGUGCACUUUGUUCCUGUUUCGUCCACCAGCCUUGGCCUAGUCGACAUUCCCGACGCGAUUGUGCUCACCCCCGACCAAGUGCGCAGUGCGUCCCUGGUGGUUCAAGCGAUCCUUCUUGGUGGGGUCAUCGCCGCCGCCGUGGUCGGCAGCAUCACGUACGUCGUUCGAUCGCGUCGAGCGUUGGAUGAAAGCAUCGAGCGCGUGCAUCGGCUUGUGGACGUCGCCGCCAUCCGCCGCGCCAUCGACACGUCCACGACCGCCGAGUUCCAUGCAGCGGCCACGUUGCGUCUUCGCGUGCUGACAUUUCGCAGCAACGUAGAUGCCGUUGUGGCAGAUUCGACCCAGAAGGACUUUGACGCUGAUCGGUGGGUGGUGGUGAAUCGGGCCACGAAAGCGGUGGAACCCACAGACGUGGCGGCGCUGUUGGCGCGGUUGAGUGUAGCGAUCGACGAAGGCGACGAUCUGCUCCGUGAGCUGGCCGCGCAGGACUGUCCCGCGUUCAAGUCCAUCCAAGAAGCCAUUGCCAGCCACGUCAAGACGCUGCGGGUGCGGCAUGACCACAUAUCCGAGCUCAAAGCGACCAUUCUGGACAAACUGCACCAAGCGAUCCGGUCGUCGUCGUCCCAGCGCAACGGGCUGCAAUUGGACGACUGGACGCGGUUGAAAGAGCUGUGGGUGGCAUUGGGGCUGCCUCAAGCUGACGUGGUGGCCCCCCACGGAUGGUACCAGACGAUUCUGCGGGAUCUGGAGGCCAAAGACGCCAUGCUGCGCCAACUGGCCGAGUUGAAGCAAGCUGUCAUGUUGCCUUUGCUGUCCACUUGGGCGGCAAACAAGGACGACGACGAGGUGGUUGUUGCUGUCGAUACACCCUCCGUGGCCCUCCGUAACAUGAACAUGCUGCUCAAGGAAGCCAAAGCCAACCAGUGGAGCCACCCCGAGUUUGACCAGCUCGAGAGAUUUGUACUGCAUACACAUAGCCAAACCCAGCAACAGCACACGAUGGUGCUAGCGUCGUCGGUAGCCCCCCUAUCGCCACCAGCCAUGCUGCGGACAUGUGGACACCACAGAGGCGGUGCGCGGGAUGAUGGAACGAGUGGUGAAGACAUUGGUCGCGACCUGGCCAUGCACGACGAGCGCAUGAAGCUGGAUUUUAUGAUCCAUCGAGAAAAGCUCUACUUUGACAAAAUCAACACGGAUCGCAUCCUGCAACAGCAACUCGACAUCCACAUGAAAACCCUUGAAGAAAGCCAACGGCAGUUUCACCUUCAAGCUCGGGACAACCGGGAGCGAGAGGAGCGCAUGUACCAGCGCAAACUGGACGAUGCGACCAAAAAACUGGAGCGAAAGCAAGCAGAAAAGAGGCAGCUCGUGGCCGACCAAGCCGCAAAAGACGCCGCGACGGCGACCGCCAAGUUCCUGGCACUUCGAGUGCAUGCCGAAUGGAAGUUGGUCAAACGUGUGCUUGGCAUCAACGUCGUGGUCGUGGCCUUGGUGGCGGCGCUAGUGUGUUGGGAUGCCGUCACCUCUCGAGAGUUGCUCUCGUCUACUUGCGACGUUCGGACAUCAUAUUGGACUCCCACGCAUCUUUCCGUAAUUGGGUGUCAAAUCAUGUACGGCGCCAAGGUUGGGCUGGCGAUGGUAUCGGGGUUGGUGUUUGUGUCCAUCUGUUCGUACUUGAACCUGUCGUUGUGGGGCGUGAGCAUUCUUGUGGCCACCGCGCUAUACAUUUUUCGGGCGUCGUGGCAACAUGUAUUGUGGCGACUGCCGCAUGUGCUGUGGCUCGGAAUGUUCAACUAUACAGUGGGGUAUUUGCUGGCACACGAUACACGACACUCGUGGAGUGUGCAACACAUCAAUUGGAGGCCCGUCGUCGUGUACAUUGGCUACCCCGUCGUGUCGUUGGUGGUGGCGCUCGUGGUGGGGAUGUGGAUAGCGUGCGAUGUGCCCGUCGAGUGCUUCCAUGCUGCUGUGGCGUGGUGUGCCGCGCACAUAUCGAGUUUGUACGAAUAAUAAAUACACUGCCGUAUGUGUCGUUGA